GAGGUGGGGGUUGGGGGGCUGACACUAUCUUGGGGACAUGGAGUGCUAGGAAACGAUAACUGGUAACCUAGGAUUAAGUCCGCAAGGACUUACCCUCACACACAUCUUCCUCAUCUUGAGACCUUCUUGAAGAGAUAUCCUGGUCUGGAACCGCAGUGUUGGAAAGACACUGUCAUUUUUGUCAGACACCCAACUUCCUGAUCGCACUUUUGUUUUUUCCCGGGUACUGGGGAUUAAACCAAGGGUCUCGCUCUGUCACUUGAGCUCACCCCCAGCCCCAGGUCACUCGUUUUAAAACUUUGAUAUCCUCUGGUUGGAACAGUAAACAAAACUCAGGUUCCCAGAUUCGCUUCAUUAAAGGUAUUUGUGAGGCUGAAAAAAAAAAGUAAUCAUAAUGGAAAAGCUGACUUGUGCCAAGUGAAGGUGAGUCAGACAUGAACUUUUAACACCAGUUAAUGAAAGCUGGAUGGAGGCUUAAGCCCCAGUUACUGACUGCUCCCUGUAAACCUACAGGACAGAUAGGGCUAACUAGUUUUGGUGUUUCCACAAGUUUAAGAUCAAUGCUCUUGCUGAAAGAAUUUUCACAUGUAAGCCAAAGAGAAAUAGGCAGCUCUUUAUGAAGACUUGGAUACUGUCCAGCUAAGCUAGAAUCUCCCACUUCCUGAUUUCUCCCAUGGGCAGACCAGCUGGAUGAGUUCAAGUAUCUAAACUAAUUUCCAAUGGUGUAAUUUGAGAAAAAGGAAGGAAGAUUACUUUCCUUGCAGACUCUCAAAAAUGUGGAAGUAUGUUUCUUGAACUUGGAAGGUUCUCAACUGUUACCCAGGCUGAUCUUAAAGUCUUGGGCUCAAAUAAUCUUCCUGCCUCAUUUUGAGUAGCUGGGACUACAGCCCUACAGUAUGGAACCACAGGUUACUCUAAAUGUGACUUUUAAAAAUGAAACUCAAAGCUUUCUGGUUUCUGAUCCAGAAAAUACAACUUGGGCUGAUGUUGAAGCUAUGGUAAAAGUUUCAUUUGAUCUGAACACUAUUCAAAUAAAAUACCUGGAUGAGGAAGAUGAAGAGGUAUCCAUCAACAGCCAAGGAGAAUAUGAAGAAGCACUUAAGAUGGCAGUUAAGCAGGGAAACCAACUGCAGAUGCAGGUCCAUGAAGGCCACCAUGUUGUGGAUGAAACCUCACCCCCAGUUGUAGCAGAAAAACGAGCAGUUGCUAGGACAGGGAAGAAGCCACUUGCACAUUAUUCUUCAUUGGUGAAAGUCUUGGGAUCGGACAUGAAGACCCCAGAGGAGCCUGCAGCACAGCCAUUUCCACUUGCUCCUUGUGACACAAACCAGCCUCAAGACAAGCCCCCAGACUGGUUCACAAGCUACCUGGAGACAUUCAGAGAGCAAGUGGUUAAAGAAACAGUUGAGAAGCUUGAACAGAAAUUACAUGAGAAGCUUGUCCUUCAGAACCCACCCUUGGGUUCCUGUCCCUCAGAAGUCUCAAUGCCUACUUCAGAAGAAACGCUGCUUUCGCCAGAAAACCAGUUCAGCUGGCAUAUUGCUUGCAGCAGCUGUCACAGGAAGAUUGUUGGUGUGCGCUACCAGUGUAGCCUGUGUCCAUCCUACAACAUUUGUGAAGAUUGUGAGGCAGGACCAUAUGCCCAUGACACUAACCAUGUCCUGCUGAAGUUACGUAGACCAGUUGUGAGUUCCUCUGAACCAUUUUCUCACUCAAAGUACUCUACUCCUCGUCUCCCUGCUGCUCUAGAACAAGUCAGGCUCCAGAAACAGGUUGAUAAGAACUUUCUUAAAGCAGAAAAACAAAGGUUGCGAGCUGAGAAGAAACAGCGUAAAGCAGAGGUCAAGGAACUUAAAAAGCAGCUUAAACUCCACAGGAAGAUUCAUCUGUGGAAUUCUAUCCAUGGACUUCAGAGCCCCAAGUCCCCUUUGGGUCGACCUGAGAGCUUGCUGCAGUCUAAUACCCUGAUGCUCCCUUUGCAGCCCUGUGCCCCGGUUAUGCCAACUCUCAGUGCAGCAUUUGUGGAUGAGAAUUUGCCUGACGGGACUCACCUUCAACCAGGAACCAAGUUUAUCAAACACUGGAGAAUGAAAAAUACAGGAAACAUAAAGUGGAGUGCAGACACAAAGCUCAAGUUCAUGUGGGGAAACUUGACUUUGGCUUCUACAGAAAAGAAGGAUGUUUUGGUUCCCAGUUUAAAGGCGGGCCACGUGGGAGUUGUGUCUGUGGAGUUCAUCGCCCCAACCUUGGAGGGAACAUACACUUCCCAUUGGCGUCUUUCUCACAGAGGCCAGCAGUUUGGGCCUCGGGUCUGGUGCAGCAUCAUAGUAGAUCCUUUUCCCUCCUCAGAGAGCAGUGAUAACAUUGAAGAGGGCAUGAUUAGCUCAAGCAAAGUCAAUGAUCUCACCUGCCAGCAAGAGGAAGCUUUUCUUCUAGCUAAAGAAGAAAUCCCAUUGAGUGAAAAGACUGAACAGCCAGAAGCUGCAGAAACCACCAUCCCGCAGAAGACAAAAAAUGUUGCUAGUGAGAGAGAGCUCUACAUCCCAUCUGUGGACCUUCUGACUGCCCAGGACCUGCUGUCCUUUGAGCUGUUGGAUAUAAACAUUGUCCAAGAGUUGGAGAGAGUACCCCACAACACCCCUGUGGAUAUGACUCCCUGCAUGUCUCCUCUGCCACAUGACAGUCCUUUAAUAGAGAAGCCAGGCUUGGGGCAGAUACAGGAAGAGAGUGAAGGGGCGGGAUUUAAAGCAUUUCCUGAUUCCACAGUGUCAGCAAAGAGGAAGGCUGAAAACACUGCUUCAGUGGAGGAAGCAGAAGAAGACCUGAGUGGGACACAGUUUGUGUGUGAAACUGUAAUCCGAUCCCUUACCUUGGAUGCUGCCCCAGACCACAACCCACCUUGCAGACAGAAGUCCCCCCAGAGAGAAUUACAACUGCAUUCCACAGAGGAACAGCAGACAGUUGCGCUGCCUGGAUUCUGCAGAAAAGAGUCUUCCUUGAAAUUUACCUUGCCUGAAGAGGGACCAUUUGGAGAUGAGAAGGAGGAGAUUAUCUAUAUCCCUGAGGAAGAAGUUGUGGAGGAGGAAGAGGAGGAACUGAAAGAUGAAGUUCGGAGUCAGUCUUCUGCUUCCUCAGAGGAUUACAUCAUCAUCCUGCCUGAGUGCUUUGAUACUAGUCGCCCCUUGGGGGACUCCAUGUACAGCUCUGCACUCUCUCAGCCUGGCCCAGAACGAGGGACUGAAGGCGAGCCUGGAGUUGAGGCUGGGCAGGAACCAGUUGAGGCUGGAGAGAGACUUCCUGGAGGGGAGAGCCAACCACAGGAACAGAGCAUCAGUGACAUCUUCACAACCUCACAGACUCUGGAAACUGUGCCCCUAAUCCCAGAGAUGGUGGGGCUUCCACCACCACUGCCCAGGAGUCCUCCCUGUGUACAGCAUGGUUCCCUUGGAAUGGAUUUACCAGUUACCAUACCAGAAGUUUCUUCAGCCCCUGAUCAGAUCAGAGGAGAGCCCAGAGGCUCAUCAGGACUUGUAAACAGCAGACUGAAGAGCUAUGACCACUCAAGGCACCACCAUGGGAGCGGCAUUGCUGGAGGACUGAUGAAGGGGGCUUUAUCUGUUGCUGCCUCUGCAUAUAAGGCCCUAUUUUCUGGGCCACCAGUCACUGCACAGCCAAUAGUUUCUGAAGACCAGACAGCAGCCCUGAUGGCCCAUCUCUUUGAAAUGGGAUUCUGUGACAGGCCACUGAACCUAAGGCUGCUGAAGAAACACAAUUACAACAUCCCGCAGGUUGUGACAGAACUCCUUCAGGUCAACAACAAUGACUGGCACAGCCACCGCUACUGAGGAGGGACCUUGUAUUAAAUAACUGCUGCUCAGAGAUGAUCUUUAUUCUGUUAUUGGGGUGUGGAAUAGAGGCCCUUGCUUGUUUUUUAAUCUGAUAACUCUAUGUAGAGCCCAUCAUUGAACUGUCAAGACAAUACAUGUUACAGUAUUUUUUGGAGCAAAUCAAAGACCUGAACUUUAGGAACUGGAUGAGUAGUAGGAAGAGAUUUUCCAAUUGAUUUGGCUAAAACUCCUUUCUCCAUGUUAGUGCAUUGAGGAGUAUAAUUUGACCUUUUCUUUCUGCUUGUAUUGAACUUGAGUAUUUUUCAUUGGUUCAUGUGGAUGCUUUUAAUAGGAUAUCUGUUAAAAUGUCAGGUUUUUAUUAACCUUGGAAGGUUGUCUUCAAGAAUUUUCAAAAUUUCUAUAACUAACCCCAAGCCUCAUAGCCAUAUGGCAUUGAAAAGACACCAGAGUAUGAUAGAAACAUUGCUGCUCUUUCUCAAGGAGAAAGUCCUGUUCCUGCAAGACUUAGUGAAUGGCACCUUGCUUUCUGAAGAUCCCCUUGGGUGCAUUUGAGUAUGCACCUUGUAGGAAUCUUAAAUACAAAAGGAAAGAAUGUGCUAGUUGUUAACCCACCAGCACCUGUUGAACAGUGUCUAUUGUAGUAAUUUUGCAUAUAUUUUUUAUUUAAGGAAGAAUCUUAAAUAGGUAGUGUGAAAUAUUUUGCUAAUCCUAUAGAGAAGAAAAAACCCACCUACUACAGAAAGGGAAAAGUAAUGGUUACCUUUUUUCUAAAUGUCAGGGCAGAUCUUAUAUUACAGCAGAGUGGAGGAAAAAAACAUGAAAGGCAGGCAGGCUCAUACGUUAAUCUCAGUUAAGUUCAGAAGUGGGCAAGUGAGGAGAGGGGAAGGCACAGGAAAUGCUGAUUACUUAAUUGAAUGUUCCAGUCCAUUCAGAGGAGGUAUCCAGCCCUAGAUAACGUAGAACAGGAAGUGGUGGCUGCUGUUUUGCAAAACUUGGGUCCAAGCAGAGGCACUACAAAAAAGUUUUGGUUGAACCCUAGGAAUGAGUAGGAAGGGGCUUGCUUCCAGGGGCUCUUCAUGUUCACAAAAGGGAGUCUUAGCAAGUGGUGAAAAAGGCGGCAAUAAAAAACACUAUAAUAAAGAUUUUAUUCAUAAAAAUGGCUUUCAGAAAAGGAAAAAUCUGAACCCCAACCCGAGAGGGAAAGAUAGUUAAAAUAGUAUUUAAUUUGGUUGGUAUUUAUAAUGAAUCGCGAUUUUAAUUAGUCAUGUUUACUUACAGUAUAACUUUUGAAUGCUACUAAAUAAACCAGAAUUGAGACUGCAAACCAACCAGGCUCUUCAUUAUUUAGAACGGUUUUUAUCUGGACUUACGGUAGAAGGCGGAGCGCGGGAGGGUGUGUAUAAUUGGGUCGACUUCGGGGGGACCUGUUUUGACCAUCUGGGUCUUGUAGUAGGGUCCAGUCCUCCGCCCGGUUGUACUUGUACAUAACCACUUGAAGAAUGGUGAAAUAAAUGUUCUCUGAAACUCCUAAGUGGACUAAGCU